AAUAGAUAUAAGAAAGUUCCAGAGUAGAGGCCGUGGUUUCUACUCCUGGUGAUGAUGAUGUUAUACAUUCCGUGCGAUAUAGUGAAAUCUUGUAAGAUUUUUUUGAGAUGAACGUGCUCUUAAAGUUGAGUGAGUUUUUCGUCAUUUGGUUCUUGGCAGAGUUACGUUGCGGACGUUUCUUGGCCACUGACCGUGGGUGUUCACUUUUACCUCCGCUCAUUUUAAAGACUCCAAGCCCGCAUCACAUUAUUAUUAUUACCAAGGUUAUUCAAAAAGUCAUCGAACAGCGAGUGUUAUUAAGAUGUCUCACCUAUGGACUAUAGGCGGAAGUACAGUGUUCUUAUGUUUAAUACAAUGUAUAGUGUCGCUGGAAAAUGGAUUGGCGAGAACGCCACCAAUGGGAUGGUUGGCCUGGGAGCGUUUCCGAUGCAACACUGACUGCAAAAAUGAUCCAGAAAAUUGUAUAAGUGAGAGAUUAUUCCGAACGAUGGCCGACUUGGUUGUGUCCGAGGGAUACGCAGCAGCCGGUUACGAGUACAUCAAUGUGGAUGACUGUUGGCUAGAAAAAGAACGAAGUCCUACUGGUCAAUUGGUAGCGGAUCGCGCAAGGUUUCCUAGAGGAAUCAAAUCACUAUCAGACUACAUUCAUUCUAAAGGAUUGAAAUUCGGCAUUUACGAAGAUUAUGGCAAUUACACGUGCGCCGGAUAUCCCGGCGUACUAGGAUAUCUGCAAACGGACGCUGAAACAUUCGCAUCUUGGGACGUGGAUUACGUAAAGUUGGAUGGUUGUUAUGCUCAUCCGAGCGAUAUGGACCGAGGAUAUCCAGAGUUCGGGUUCAACCUGAAUCAAACCGGAAAGGCUAUGAUCUACUCGUGCUCGUGGCCGGUGUAUCAAAUAUACGCGGGAAUGCAACCCAACUACAGUUCCAUCAUCCAACAUUGUAAUCUGUGGAGGAACUUCGACGAUAUCCAAGAUUCAUGGGCUAGCGUCGAAAGUAUAAUUGAUUAUUAUGGUAAUAAUCAAGAUCUUGUGGUGCCAAACGCCGGACCGGGACAUUGGAAUGACCCAGAUAUGUUAAUCAUAGGUAAUUUCGGGUUGAGUUACGAACAAAGUAAAACGCAAAUGGCAAUUUGGGCGAUCCUCGCCGCCCCGCUGCUGAUGUCUGUGGAUUUGCGCACCAUCCGACCAGAGUAUAAAGCGAUUCUGCAAAAUAAAAAAAUCAUUGCCGUCGAUCAAGAUCCCUUGGGCAUUCAAGGCAGGCGAAUCUACAAGCAUAAGGGAAUAGAAAUUUGGUCGAGACCGAUCACGCCGCUAUUCCAAAACUAUUUCUCCUAUGCUAUUGCAUUUGUGAAUAGAAGGACCGAUGGAACCCCAUCUGAUGUCGCCGUAACAUUGAAGGAAUUAGGUUUGACUUCUCCGACCGGCUACAAAGUAAUGGAUUUGUACGAGGAUGUUGACUACGGUGUCCUGACGCCCCAAACCAAAAUUAAAGUGAAAGUGAACCCAUCUGGCGUUGUUAUUUUGCGUGGUGACGUGCAACCGGAUUACAACCGAAGACUUCCUUUCUACACCACGCAGAAAACCGUAUACAAUCCAUUAAAUCAAGUAUUCAGAGUGAGGACGAAUGGAUUCUAGCUUGUAGACACACUGUGCGAAAUAAAACAA